AUGAGUGACACGUGUGCCCUUAAGGAUAAGGAAAGGGAAGUAAUGGUGGGUUUCAUUGAUAUAUACAGGAAGCAUGUGGCUUUGUGGAAGGUGAAAUCAAAAGAAUACUCAAACAGGAAUUUAAGAAAUAAGGGUAUAGAUGAACUGCAUGGAAAGCUACAAGAACUUGACCCACAUUGUACGCGGGAUGAUGUGAUGAAAAAAAUAAAUUCUCUCCGUAGUUCGUUUAGAAGAGAACUUCGAAAGCAUGAGAGCUCUAAAAAGUCUGGAAGUGCAACUGAUAACAUCUACACGCCCACUCUCUGGUAUUUUGAAGACAUGAUGUUCAUAUGUGAUCAAGAGAUGCCACGAGAGAGUACAUCAAAUAUGGAAUGUGUUAAUGAAGAGGUGAGUUGCAAGGAUUUGCCCAAAACUGGAUAA